CGCACAGGCCCCCAAAAAGAGACAUCAAGAGCAGACGCCAAGAACAUUCAUCAAGCAACGGUAUCUAGAGCUGCAGCUGUCUUGGGGGGCUCAGGUGCAGACUGGAGCAAGCGGGUCUUAGGGGGGUUACUUCCCUGGUGAUCGCGCACGGCCCAGGAGCCUGCGAUGCGGAUUCUGGUCCUGGCCGUCUCCGCGCUGCCUCUGGCGGAGACCGGCGCGGCGGAGGCACCCGCCUGCAGGGGCGCCGACGUAGAGGAGGCUUCGCUCCUUCAGAGCAGGCAGCGCGCCCGUCAGCCUGACGACCCGCUCGGUCGAGACGGUGUCUCCAACGGCGGCUUUUCGACGCUCUCGCCCGACCCAGACACUCUGAUUUGGGAUCCCACGGAGCCGGCGAAUCCGGUGGACGCUGUCUUUCCGGGAUUUCUUUCGGGUUGGCUGAAAGUUCCAGUAUCGCAAGACCCGUACACCAGCAAGUACGAGAAGCCGCCGCAAGCUUGUCUGCGUGUUAUCAUGAAGCCAGCGGCGAAGCAACCGGCCAAACACGGCUCCAUCUUGCUGCACUGUGGUGGCCCAGGCUCUGAUGCAUCAUGUGCAUUUCGUGUGGGUGAAUAUCUGGAAGUCAACAGUUCUUACAUGGUGGGCCCGCCUGUGUCCGAAGACUAUCCACCUGCCUGCGGCAAAUCCCGCCACCUGCCAGCGCAGCAGCGCAGCAUAACUGAGGUUCACGUUGAGACCCGCUCAAGUUCAGACAUGGCGCUGAAGUGGAGCGGGUAUUGAACGCCUCCUCCU